GAGUCCCUCUGGUGAGAUCAUGGAGGGCAGCUCAGUGACUCUGACCUGCAGCAGUGAUGCUAACCCAGCAGCUCACUACACCUGGUACAAGGAGGACGAGGACUCACCAACAGCAUCAGGACAAAUCUUCACCAUCACUAAUAUCAGAGCUGAACAUGGUGGAAAGUAUCAGUGUGAGGCCCAGAACACACACGGACGUAGUUACACCACCUUACAUCUGACUGUUGGAGCAGGGAAGUCAGUGAUAAUCAUGAAUAUCAUCAGGCUGACUCUGGUGGUCGUGCUGGUUCCAGUGCUGGUCUGGACUCUGUGGACGAGGAUGAAGAAAACUCUGAGCUUGAAAUCAGAAGUGAAUGAAGCUGUGGAGAUGAUAGAGUCACACAACUGUCUUGAGUAUGAGAACGUUGCUGCUGCAGCACAGACAGAAGACACAGAGGAGCAGGAAGACCUGGUGUGAAGCAUCAGGUCAGAGCCACUGGGACAAACAGAACCAAGAUGGACGACUUCAGAGAACAUCCGUACAAGCGAGUUUUACUGAAACCAUAGUGUGUAAUUAUUAAAUACAGGAAAUCUGUCCAAGCAGCAAAAUAUCUGAGUGCAAGCGCCGAGUUUGAGCACAAGCAGAGCAAAUCUAAGGACCACCUGGAGCUGUGUGAGUGCAAGCGAGGGUUUUGAGUAAAACACCACAAAAUCUGAACGUGCAAGUCCAGCCCUCAAACUAAAAGACUACGCUUUUUAAUGAAGAGGAAAACUACCGUACAUUUCCUUUCUACUCAUGGUUUCCUGUUUUCUUCUCUCCUCAGGUGCACUUUGAUUGGUUGAUGAAAGUAUUUAGGAGGGAACAGGAAGUAUCUCUCUUUCCAUCCCCUGUUGCAGCAGCAGCAGUUUGUACAGCAUGACCUUUAGAGCAAGAGUGUUGUUGUGUUGUAUCUUUUCUUUUUCUUUUCCGAUGGGUCCAGUCGUCCAGUUUCUGCAGCUUUAUUUCUGUGAGCUUUAGUUCUGAUGUUGGUUUAGGUUGAAGGAAGAUUCUCAGAUCCUACGACCCUUUGUGAGUUGGUGUGUUGGGUUUUCCUUCUUUUGUCCAUUUUGCCGGCCUGUUGUUGAAGUUGUUCUCUUUUCUGCAAAAAUUUUUUUUUAUGCUUUUACCCUCUGACCUAUGUUGGACGUCUUGGUGAUGAGCCUGUGAGGCUGUGGUAACAUCACGUGACUCAUUUCCUGUCUUAUACAUGAUAUUAAUGUGAUUAUUACAUGGAUAAUGAGUUAUUAUGUAUCGUGAUUUUAUGAUUGUUUCUUAAAUAAAUGUUUUUGGUCUUUUGUUUUCA